UCUCUUUGAUACACGGAGCAACCCAAGCCAGCUCGUCCACAGGCCCAUGGAUGCAGUAGCUCGCCUCGUCCCCUCUUCGCCCUAACUCGCCGGCGUCACCUGCUCCGUCCGCUCCCGCCGCCCCCAUGCUCCCCCUAAUACGCCGCCUCCCCGCCGCUCCUUCCCGCCUAGCCGCCCUCGCACUCCGCCGACCACACCGUCGAGCUGCGGCGGCGGCGUGGCCGACGACAACGACACCCGCGGUGUCCUCCUCCCGUCUCGCGGGCUCGCCGCCUGCAGAGAAUCCAGCGGCGGAUCAGGGGAGCGAGUUGGAGCCCCGACCCGAACCCCUCGACCGGGACUGGGGCUCAACGCUGUCCCGGGCGGACCUUACAGAGGUUGCCGGGAUCCUCCGGCGGUUGCGCGACGAGCAGAUCAGUCUGGGCCUGGGCACCUUGAAUCUGCUGCUGAAGCGAGCGUGCGAAGCAGACGACUUCCUUCUCUUCGCCAAGGUAUUCAGACACUUGCUGCUCUCCAAAGCUGCUCCCGACUUGACUUCCUACAUGUGUGUCGCCAGGGCCAUUGGGGGUUUAGAUGACAAUGAACUGUUACUCAAGUUUGUGAGAGAGGUAUUGGAGAUCACAAAUGGCAGAGACCCCACGGUGGCGAAUCGCAUUGUUUUCGCCACGGGUAGAUACGGGCACCUCGAUAAAUGCUUGAUCAUUUUCGAGGAGCUGAAGAAGGAUAAGAGAUGCUUGGAUGUUGUCACGUUCAACACUGUCUUGGACAUGCUAGGAAAGGUCGGUCGGGUGGACGAAAUGCUUUGUGAGGUGAAGCUGAUGGAGGAACUUGGCAUUUCUCCUGACACCGUGACGUAUAAUACGGUGAUAAACUGCCUGCGUAGGCUUGGAAGAUUUGGUCUGUGCAAAAGCUUUGCAAGAGAGAUGUUUGAGAGAGGCAUCAGUCCUGAUUUGAGAACGUAUACCGCGCUAAUUGAUUGUUUUGGAAGGGCAGGGCAUAUUGCUGAUGCCCUCGAGGCGUUUGAGCAGAUGAAGAAGUCGCACCAACCUUCGAUUUAUGUCUAUCGUGCACUGAUCAGUGACAUGAAAAAAGCUGGGCGGUUUGAGUUAGCACAAAAGCUCACCGAUGAGAUGAAUUCAAGUGCUUCUGAUUUGUUAGGCCCUGAAGAUUUCAAGGAGAAGUCCAAGGGAAGAAGGGUCAGGAAUAGCAGCAGGUAAGAAGCAGAAAAGUUAUCUUCCAGGUCUGCAUGAUUCCUUCACAUGCGAUGCAACAGCUGCUGGUACCAAGUUGUUCCAGACUUCCAGUGGAUACUGGUCAUGUUGGUUGACAUCUUCAGAAGAUGUAUCCUAUGAAGAAACAGAGAACUACAAAGUUCAGAUGACAGUAGCUUGAUGAUUACAAAGAUACCGCAAUGACCUGAACGGCAUAUCAUGACCGCAGGCCAUUACUGAUCCAUGAUUCAAGAGGUUCAGGCACACGAGUCAGUAGCAACUGCAGCAAUUCCCAGUUAAGAAAUGUUUGGUGCAUCGCUGGAUUGUCGCUUGGAAGGUGCCCGUUACUGGAAAGAGCGCCGUUGUGCUCUGAACUUGUGGGUGUCAAAUUUCAGCAUUUUCCAUUGCUCUUCACUGCACUGAAGAAUAGUGAAAUCUUGGCAUCUGGUUCAUUUUGUAGGCUAUGCUUGUAAAUCAUUAGGCAUAAUAGCGAACAAAUGAAAUUUUACACGUGUAAGUUGAUUCUAUCCAAAAUUUCUGGGAUAAUAUCAUCUUACAAAUCA